GAGCGUGUGUUUCCGAGCGAUCCUGAGAACCUGAGGAAAACUUGCUGCCCCGAAGGACAUUUUGAAGGUUUUGUUGGCUGGAAGAGGUGUCUCUGGAAUCCCACUCUCAAAUCUUUCUUGAAGAUUUGAAAGGAACUAGGUUAGGGCCAUGGGGACGCAAAAGGUCACUCCAUCUCUGAUCUUCGCCAUUGCUAUUGCUACAAUUGGCUCUUUCCAGUUUGGCUACAACACUGGAGUCAUCAAUGCUCCUGAAGCGAUCAUAAAGGAUUUUCUCAAUUACACUUUGGAAGAGAGGCUAGAAGAUCUUCCCUCGACGGGGUUGCUCACAUCCCUCUGGUCCUUGUCUGUGGCCAUUUUCUCCGUUGGUGGUAUGAUUGGCUCCUUUUCCGUUGGACUCUUUGUCAACCGCUUUGGCAGGCGCAACUCAAUGCUUUUUGUCAACCUGUUGGCCAUUGCUGGUGGCAGCUUCAUGGGGUUCUGUAAAUUAGCUGAGUCGUUUGAAAUGCUGAUCCUGGGCCGAUUGAUUAUUGGCCUCUUCUGCGGACUCUGCACUGGUUUUGUCCCCAUGUACAUUGGAGAGAUCUCUCCUACUGCCCUACGGGGUGCCUUUGGCACUCUUAAUCAGCUGGGCAUUGUCAUCGGAAUCCUGAUAGCCCAGAUCUUUGGUCUGGAAGUCAUCUUGGGAUCUGAAGAGCUAUGGCCCGUGCUAUUAGGCUUUACCAUCAUUCCAGCUGUCCUACAAAGUGUAGCCCUUCCAUUUUGCCCUGAAAGUCCUAGAUUCUUGCUCAUUAAUCGAAAGGAAGAAGAAAAGGCUAAGGAGAGUGAGUAUCUUCCAAACUUCCCUAUGGGAAUUUCAGGGUUUUGUGAACAAGGUAGAAGACAAGUAUUCUAUUACUCAACAGGAAUCUUCAAGGAUGCAGGUGUUCAGGAGCCAAUCUACGCCACCAUUGGUGCGGGUGUGGUUAACACUAUCUUCACUGUAGUUUCUGUAACAAAUAUGGAGUGGGUCAUACUGUUUUUAAUAUUAACUUUCCUCUGUUCCUUCCUCUUACAGAAUAACUAUUCGUGGAUGAGUUUUGUCUGUAUUGGGGCUAUCUUGGUCUUUGUGGCCUUUUUUGAAAUUGGGCCAGGCCCCAUCCCCUGGUUUAUUGUGGCUGAACUCUUCAGCCAGGGACCCCGCCCAGCUGCAGUGGCGGUGGCUGGUUGUUCCAACUGGACCUCCAACUUUUUAGUUGGAUUGCUCUUCCCGUCUGCUGCAGCUUAUUUAGGAGCAUACGUUUUUAUUAUAUUCUCCACCUUCCUCAUUAUCUUCUUGGUCUUCACCUUCUUCAAAGUCCCAGAGACCCGGGGCAGGACUUUUGAGGAUAUUACACGGGCCUUUGAAGGGCAAGCUGCAGAUAGUUCUGGGAAAGGCUCCAACAUGGAAAUGAACAGCAUGCGGCCUUUUAAGCAGUCUACCACCCCUGUCUAAGUCAUGCCUCCUUCCACCUCCCUCCCAACAUGGAAAAGCAACCUCUCCCUGUUUGAGGGAGAGACUUCAUCAGGAUGAACCCAGGACUGCUUUUGAAUGCUGCUACUUGAUUCCCUUCUCAUCCCACACACUCCAUGAGCACUCAGAUGAACACUCCAUGAGCGCCCCAAAUGCUGGGGUUAGUUGGAUUCUCAAUGGCUUUUUAAAUAUUUCAUUUCUUAGGCAUUCUCUCCUGUUUAGGAGAGACCAAGUGAACCUACCUUCAUUUCAGGAGGCAUUGGCCACUUGGCAGAUGACAACUUUGCCAGCUUUUCCUCCCUUAGGUUCUAAUAUUGCCCCACUAGGGCAUAUAGGGGAGGAAGAGUAAGGUGCAAUUCCCCCAACCUCAGACUUACCAGGAAGGAGAUGUACAGAAGAGUGGAAGGCAGAGGGGGAUCAAAUAAGAGCACCUUCCUCACUUCUGUACAGCUCACACGCAAGUUAACUUGAGUUUUAUUUAUUUUACCUUCUGGUUUGAUUACAUAAAUAUUUAUUUUUUUAAGUGUAAAGUAAUUUUACCAAAUAAUGAAAACGUUAGGAAAUUGAGGUUAGAGGGAGGUGUUGAAAGAGAGGCUAUAGAGGAGAAGAUUUGAUGCUAGAGAGGUUAAGAUAUAUUAAGAAAGGAAGAAUUUCGGGGAAAAUGUAGGUCACUAUUGGAGGGUAUGUGUGGUGGUGCCUGAGGUUUGCGUGUUGCCACUUAACAAUUUCCUUCAAAUAGAAACUCUUUUAAGUUUGAUUUCUCAGAAAAGUCCAUGUGCCUAUAUAUAUAU